AUGCAUAUCCCCAGGAAGUUACUCUUACUGUUGGUCAUUUUUCUGGCUCUCAUAGUCAACGGAGAGUGCCGCAGAAGCGGCUAUCGCUUGCCCAAGAUCCAAGGACGUAGUGCCUCUGAUAGUCCCUCCUCGCAGGAUGUGGGCAGUGGUCGGGAUUUUAUGAAGAAAUUCAUGAUGAUGCGGGGCUUAUUCCAACAGCCUAGUGACAAUGUGAUCAUUAUAACGAAUCCCUCGGGUACAACCACCACAACAACAACGCCAACGCCAACCACAAGCACCACAACAACCACUACCACUAGCCCCACAAGCAACACCACUGGCAGAUCCUUUGCUGAAGACAAUAAGGAACCACAAGGAGCUGACAAGGAGUUGGCCAUGGCUGCCCUUUCAGGGUUAGAGGAUCGCCUGGACUUGCCAGAGGCAGAGUCAGAGCCAUUGGAAAUUCAGGAAACCGAUACCCACAAACCGAAAUUACAAAAGAGAUUCAGGGUCAAAACCUGCCAACUUGGCAAUGCCAAAAGAAACCAUGGGAGAAAGACUCUCAUUCGGCGUCACAUUCACAGGCAUCACAAGAACGAAAACAAGAAAAACCAGAAGAAGAUUCCAAAAAGUGGCAAGACUUCAACGUCUUCGAUUAAUAAUCAACAGCGAAAUAAUGAGGCAUCGACGGUGAACUUCAUCGAACCCUAUCACAACGAUCGGCCCCAAAGGCAGACAAGUCAGUCCGGCAGCGAUUCGCGACUUCAACGGAUCUGGAGACGCUUUCAGAUUGCCAACUGA